CACAGUGUCACCCUCUUUGGAGUUGCAAUCUCUGGAAGUCAUUUGAGGUUUAAGACCUUAGUUAGCUUCAUCGACUGUUUUUAGUUAUUUAAUUUAUUCCAGUGGGUUAAAUCGAUUAUUUGCCACUGGGGGAGUUUAUUUUACCGCUGUGUUCGGGGGGUGUGACAGCCUCUCAACAACACCAGCAUUAUCACAAGAGCCCUACUUCCGGUUUUAGACUCCAGCAUCAUUUGAGGGAUUUGCUUUAUCAGCAGGUCAGUGGUUUCAUUUGGCUUUUGUUGAAUGAUAAUAGUUCACUCUGUUGCUGUUAUCCUGACUGCCUGCUGCCGAAAACAGAGAACAAUCAGCGGGCUGUCACAAGUAGGCUCCGCGUCAAGUUUUAGUAUGAGCGACGGGGAGGUGUUUCACGAGAAGCAGCGCUUGGAGCUGUGCGCCAUACAUGCGCUCAACAACGUGCUCCAGGAGCGGGUGUUUACCAAGGAGACAGCCGAUGACAUCUGUAAACGGUUAGCGCCACAGUGUGUGGUAAACCCCCAUCGGUCAGUAUUAGGCACAGGAAACUAUGACGUUAACGUGAUCAUGGCAGCACUACAGAGCAGAGACCUGGCUGCCGUGUGGUGGGACAAACGCAGGAUGGUUCAGAGUCUCUGCAUGUCAAAGGUCCAGGGUUUUAUUCUCAACGUUCCCUCCCGAGUGUCUCUGGGCAUCGUGUCCCUCCCGCUCCGGCGGCGGCACUGGCUGGCGGUCCGGCAAGUUAACGGACAGUACUACAAUCUGGACUCCAAACUGAAGGGUCCCGCCUGCAUCGGGGGAGAAGCAGAGCUACGAGCAUUUCUCAGCGAGCAGCUGUCCCAGGAAGUGGCGGAGAUGCUGCUGGUGGUCCGACGGGACGUGGAGGAGGACGGGUCAUGGUUAAACCCCGACAGCCCAAACAAUUGAUCCAUUUUGUAUCGAAAAACAAAACUCCCCGGGGAAAAUUACAGACUUUUUUUUUCUCCAGACACUUCAUUAAAGAAAAGUAUUCAGGGAAUGCACUAAAAUACACUUAACAAAUACAUAAAGGAAAAUCCAAAGAGAAGCAGAGGGUGAAGUUUACUCUUGAAAUGAAGAAGUUUCUGAUUGUAACAGCUGUUGAAGCUUUCCCUCUGGUAUGACCGUGUCUUAAAACAAGGAAGAAGCUGAAGUGGGGCUGUUAAUGAUUGAACAGCCGUGUUAAUGGUACCUUAGUUACUGAAAUACAAAGGUAAACGUGUUCUGGGGUGACUUUCUUUGUCGUCGUCUCAGUUUUGGGUGAUUUUCGGUCAUAUCAGGACGUACCGGUGGAGAAGCUGCGUUGUCGUUUUCCUCUUUGUCGUUUUUCUUCUAUGCACUGUGGAGUGGGAUUUGUGAGGUGUAAAUGUGUUUGGUUGUGCUCAUACAGGCGCACACAUACCAGGAUGCCUGAACUAUGGAGCAGGAUCUGCUGCUGUGAAUCAGGAAACUUUGUGAGUUUAUAUUGUCAUAAUGGCGGAUCUUGUCUGCUCUGUUAACCUGAGCUGUAGGCAGUUGACUUUGCUUGGGAUUAAAUCAAUACACAUAAACACAUCUGCUAAUCAUCCAUCCAUCCAUUUUCUAACACCUUUGUCCCCUACUGGGGUCCAGAGGGCUGCUGGUGCCUCUCCAGCUAACGUCCCGGGCGAGAGGCGGGUUCACCCUGGACAGGUCGCCAGUCUGUCGCAGGGCAACACAGAGACAUACAGGACACACAACCAUUCACACACACACUCACACCUAGGGAGAAUUUAGAGAGACCAAUUAACCUGACAGUCAUGUUUUUGGACUGUGGGAGGAAGCCGGAGAACCCGGAGAGAACCCACCAUGCACAGGGAGAACAUGCAAACUCCAUGCAGAAAGACCCCGGGCCGGGAUUCAAACCCAGGACCUUCUUGCUGCAAGGCAGCAGCUCUACCAACUGCGCCACUGUGCAGCCCUUCUGCUAAUCAUUUUCAGUGGAAAAAGAAAACUUUUUCUACUAAAUGAAAGUGUUUUCUUAUACUCUGAUGCCUCUUGCUUUCCAAGACAAGUAUAAUUACGAAACAUUUAGAUUUCUAUCUGGGAGAACAGCUGAUUGCACUAUUAAAUUAGUUCUUGUUGACAUUUAAGAUGUGGGGUCAGAAAGAAAAUCAUUACAUUUCAGAAGACUUUCAUAGCAGUUUUUCUUGUAGUUUCCAGUCUCCUUUGCACUGAAACAUCUACCAGUUUUCUGAGACUCUGGUUUUCCUCCAGUUCCCAGAUUGUGAUGGUUUUGGUUCCUUUUCGGUUGGUUUUGUAUGAUAAUAUUGAGACUGCACAGUACUCCAACUGCUUGGCUUUCAAGUCUUGUAAUUUUCUGCAAUUUUUUUUUCUAAACUAAACAAAACAAAAAACCUGCAGGCACUACUAAUUGCCAAGAAAUAUUUAUCCAAAUAUUAGUGAGGUUGUAUGUUUAUCUUGGAAUGCAGAGAUAUAAUUUAUUAUUGUGUGCUCCCAAUUUUUCUUCUGAAAACCUUGUAGCGCUUUUAGA